ACUUCACCACCACCAUCAUCAUCCAUCCACAACACUCCUCUUUCCUUUCCAUUCUCUCUCUGUCGGUCAAGCAUCAAGAAAAGGGAAAGAAAGUUUCAUCUCCAUGGUUGUAUGCUAAGGAAGAAGAAGAAUCAAGAAGGAUACCAUAAAGUCUAAAAAUCCUGAAACCAAAACACAUCAGUCCACUUUGAGGAACUUCCAGAAGGUAUUUUCAAAAAGGAUUGGACGUUGGAAGAUUGAAGUUGAUAAGAAUGACCAUACGUUGAACGUUCAUUGAGACGUUAUCUUUUCACGUUCCAUGUUCAUCAUCGAAUAUAUGCUUCGUAUAUUAGUAGUUCACAAAAGAAAUUAUUUGUAAUUUCUGGUGAAGAAUAUAAUUCGAAGCAUUUCUUAGAAUGGCAAAGAGGAGAAUGAAAAUUUUGUCAUUACUAUGCGUUUACUUUGUGGCAACUUUAGUGAUCGCUAGAAAUGUGAGGGAUGAUAAUGAAAAGACAGGGUUGAUUGGCAAGGGCGCUAGAAUUGGAGGUGGAGUUGGGGGAGGUGUUGGUGGUAAAUUUGGCGGUGGAGCCGGAGGUGGUAUAGGCGGUGGAGCUGGAGGUGGUAUAGGUGGUGGAGCUGGGGGUGGUGUUGGGGGAGGAGCUGGUGGUGGUGCAGGUGUUGGUGGAGGAUUCGGAGGGGGAAUAGGGGCUGGCGGAGGUGGUGGCGCUAGAGGCGGUGUUGGGGGAGGGGUUGGAAAAAGUGGCGGAAAACACCAUCACUAAAACGUUUUAAUGUGUGACUUACAUUUAUAUCAUUUCAUCAAAAGAUUUCUCAACUAUGUAUUACACUAUUUACAUUCGUGUGACGUUCUUAAGAUAAGUACUAUACAUUGAGUAUGCGCAUGACCUCAAGUAAUUGCUAAAGCUUACAUAAUUGUUGCUCUUAAUGGAAUAAAACCAAAGCUUAUUGUUAUUGUUGUCUAUCCUCAAAAUACUCUCUCGCCGCUGGAUGAACAGUGCCGCGAAGAUGAAAUCGCCUAUUACUCCAUGAAUUUGAGCUUGCUUUGCAUCAUUUUUGGAACCUGGGUUGCGCCUACAACUGGUGCAUCCAAUUCACGAGCUUAUUCGCUGUUUUUGGAGAAGGAAUUUGCAAGAAACGAAGGUCAAAGAUAGUGUGGCACUGUUCACUCGCGAUUGAAAUCACUUGGAUUUGGGCAAUUUUGAUGGAUUCAACAUGGCAAUCCCUUCAAGAUGCAACUUCUGUAAACAAGGCACUCAGGACUCUAACCACACUCUCCUUCAAUGUCCAUACUCUCUGAAAAUCUGGAAAUUCUUCUCCACACUGUUCCAGGGCCCUCCCAUCAACAGAAACUCCACAAUACAGGAAGUAUGUAUGA